AACCAAAACAAUGACUCCGAUCUCAACGAUGGUGGAUGAUGGUGACCUGAGAUCAAAAUUCUAUGGUUUUGUUAAGGUUGAGAUUGAGUACACACGGGCGAUUUUUUUGGCGAUUAGGUUUUUCUUCGUUUGCCUCACGCAAGGAGUGCUCAGGCGGCCAGCCGCCGGGUUCCCUAAGAUGGUGGAGGGUGUCGGAGAGGUCUCCAUGCCGGUUUCAAGUCAGUCACAGGAGGUUUCAAGUCAGCCUAAAGAGGUAUCCAGUCCUAAGUCGUACGCAAAUGCCGUUGGUAGCAGGCCAAGCCUUGCUAAGUUUGAUGUAAAAGUUUCAAUGGUGGAUGGUAAGGCCAUGGUGGCUGUACCGGAUGAAGUUCUGAAUGAUACAGUCCCCCUGUGGGAAGAUUUUCUAAUCGGCCGGUUCCCGUCUACUGCCCCUCAUGUAGCCAAGAUCCAUGUCAUAGUGAAUAAGAUCUGGAACUUGGGCGACAAGAGUAUUCGGAUUGAUGUAUUUGAGGUCAAUUCCACCACUGUCAAGUUCCGGAUACGUAACGUCUCUGCAAGGAUGCGUGCGCUAAGGAGAGGCAUGUGGAAUAUUUGUGAGCAGCCAAUGAUGAUGUCAAAAUGGACUCCCAUAGUGGAGGAUGCUCAGCCAGAGAUUAAAACCAUGCCGCUGUGGGUAAAAAUUAAAAAUGUUCCGCACUCUAUGUUUACGUGGCCGGGUCUCAGUUUCUUAGCAAGCCCUGUGGGUGAACCGAAGAGGCUGCAUCCGGACACGGAGCUCGUUUCAAGCUUCGAGGAAGCAAACGUCUUCGUGGAAGCUGACUUAUCAAAAGAGCUUCCAAAGACUUAUUUUUUUCAAAUACGAGGAGAAGAAGUACGUAUUGAAUUUGAAUACCCAUGGCUACCACAAAAAUGUGGUAUUUGCAAAAAGUGGGGACACUCGGAUGAUGGUUGUUUAGCAAAUAUUGGUCGAGCUGGUUCUCCGAGAGUAUCUCGCUCCCCAGUGGCUAGACCAGAUUCGCAAAUAAUUGUUGCACCAGUCUCAAACAGUAUUACAGAAAAAGAAACUUCAAACGAUGUACUUGAAUUGAGGUUAAGCCCAAAGAGUGUGAAUCUACAAGCAGGUAGAGAAGAGAAUGUCACUGCGAAGGUUUUGUCGGUUGUGGAAACAGAACUCCCUGUUUCUCCGGUCGUGAAGCAGUCCGAAACAGGACAGGAUGGUGAAUGGAAGAAUGUCCCCAAUUCGGGGGGGAAACACUCUAAAGGGUCAGGAAAAAACUUGGUUUAUGGUCAGGUUCGUAUAAUAUCUCCUUCACGGUUUGAUGUUUUGCAAGAUACUCAAGAAGAGGGUGAAAUCAUUCCGGAAACAGAAACAGUUGAAAAGGCUGAAUCCACUCCGGCUAUUGAAAUAAAAGACGCAGCGUUGGAAACACAUCCAAAGUCUCAAUUGAAUAAGGAUUCGGUUGCUUUGAGGUUUGGUUGUUUACUUGAAACGAAAGUCAAAGAAAACAGAGUUACUGGUGUGAAGGAGAGAACUGUUGGUGAUUGGAGUCUAGAGGCUAAUUAUGAUUUCAGUAGAUUGGGAAGGAUUUGGGUGACUUGGAGCAAACAAACUAAAUUGCAGGUGGUAUUUAAAAGUGGGCAGAUGAUCACUUGUAAUAUUAAGUUACAUGGAGUAGAUGAGGAGUUCUGGUGCUCUUUUAUUUAUGCUCUUAAUACUCCAGAGGAAAGAAAGGAAUUGUGGCGUGAUAUCCAACAGCAACAUGACCUUGCUGUAAUUCGUGGGAAGCCUUGGUCUAUUUUUGGUGAUUUUAAUGAGACACUAGACAUUGAGGAACAUUCUAAUUCUGCUACUAAUCCAAUGGUCUCUUCGGGGAUGAGGGACUUUCAGGACGUAGUAAGAUAUUGUUCUCUUUCAAACUUGAGAACUCACGGUCCCCUUUUUACUUGGUGCAACCGACAAGAGCAUGGUCUAAUAUGUAAGAAGCUGGACAGAGUUUUACAUAAUGCUGAAUGGCUUAGAGAGUAUCCGAACUCUUAUUGUGUCAUGGAAUCCGGGGGCUGCUCGGACCAUCUCCGUGGUAAGAUCUUCUUGGAUUCAGAAAUUCAGAAACCAAAAGGGCCUUUUAAGUUUUCAAAUGUUAUUGCUUCUCAGCCGGAGUUUCUUAUUCAAUUGGAGGAAUAUUGGAGAGGGUAUCCGACUCUGUUUCACUCUACAUCAGCGUUGUUUCGACUCUCAAAACAGCUAAAGCAACUCAAACCAUCACUGCGAGUUCUUAGUCGUAACACAUUGUCAGAUAUAUCAAAUAAAUCUGCAGAAGCUCUUCAGGAAUUAGAGGCAAGACAGUUGAGUACUCUCUCUAAUCCGACGCAGGUAGAAGUGGCCAUGGAGUCCUUAGCUGUUGAAAGAUGGGAGAGGUUAUCGGGUUUAGAGGAGGGUUUUCUGAAACAAAAAUCAAAGUUGCACUGGUUAGAUGUGGGGGACAAGAACAAUAAGGCAUUUUAUAAUGCUAUAAAGGAAAGAAAUGCUCAAAACUCUAUUCAUGAGAUUUUAGACCCUAAUGGCAUUUGUCUUAAGAGUAUGGAGGAAAUAAAAGCGGAAGGGGUCCGGUUUUUCUCAGAACUAUUGACACAUAAACCGUCGGACUAUGUAGGUAUUGAGGUUGAUGAUCUUCGGGAGCUGCUUCCCUAUCGCUGCCCUCCGGCAAAGCGGGAUCAUCUUCUUGCGGAUGUUACGGAGGAUGAGUGCAAUGGCAAGUUACCUCCAGGAUCAAUGGGGUUUCCGAUAAUUGGAGAGACAAUCGACUUCUUUAAACCUCAUGGACUCCUCGAGAUCUUACCCUUUGUCAAAAAUAGGAUGUUAAGGUACGGGCCACUGUUUCGCACCAACAUUUUCGGAACCAAUACUGUGGUAGCGACGGAUCCUGAUGUGAUCUACGAGAUUUUUCGGCAAGAGAACAAGUCUUUCGUGUUUAGCCUUCCGGAUAAUUUUCUCAAGAUCUUUGGAAAAGAUAACAUGUUAAGUGAACAUGGGGACGCCCACAAGCAUGCGAAACAAAUCACUUUAAAUUUUCUUGGCUCUGAGGGAUUGAAGCAUAACAUGAUAAGAGACAUGGACAGAGUGACCCGCGAGGAACUUAGAUCAAAGGCUAGCCUGGGGAGCUUCGAUGUUAAGGAGGCCGUUACAAGCUUGAUAAUAACUCACUUGACCCCCAAGUUGAUAAGUAACCUUGGAUCAGAGACUCAAGCAAAUCUUAUAGAAAGUUUCAAGGCAUGCAAUCUUGAUUGGUUUGAGUCAUUCACUAGUCUUUCUACCUGGAGAUCGUUCUACAAAGCUUUUUCGGGACGCAAAGCGGCUAUGAAGGUGAUAAAUGAUGUUUUUAUAUCAAGGAAAGAAUCAGGAGAGAAUCAUGGAGACUUCCUCAGUACAAUGCUAGAAGAUGACCUUUUUAAUGACAAAGCCAUUAUGGACCAUAUCUUUGUUCUUCCGGUUGCCGGAUAUACGAUUCCAGCGGGUUGGAUGGUGGUGGUUGCAAGUUCAGUGAUUCAUUAUGAUCAUGCGAUAUAUGAAAACCCUUUUGAGUUUAAUCCAUGGAGAUGGGAGGGCAAAGAGCUGCUUAAUGGUUCUAAGACGUUCAUGGUGUUUGGAGGUGGAGUGAGAUCGUGUAUUGGUGCAGAGUUUGCAAGGCUUCAGAUUGCAAUAUUUAUUCACAAUCUUGUCACCAACUACGAUUUUUCGAUGGUCCAAGACUGCGAACUGAGGAUCGGAGCUAAGACAGGAGAUGAUUCUCACUUGCGCACCACCAACAACUACCUUGGAAGGCAGAUAUGGGAGUUUGAUACCCAUGCAGGCUCUCCAGAAGAACUCUUUGAGGUUGAGCAGGCUCGACAAAAUUUCUCCGACAAUAGGUCACAAUACAAAGCUAGUGCCGAUCUGUUGUGGCGUAUGCAGUUUCUAAGGGAGAAAAAGUUCGAACAAAAUAUUCCGCGGGUGAAAAUAGAGGAUGCCGAGAAAAUAACAUACGAAGAAGCAAAUACGGCAUUGAGAAGAGGUAUACAUUAUAUGGCAGCGUUGCAGUCUGAUGAUGGACAUUGGCCAGCUGAAAACUCUGGUUGCAUGUUCUUCAACGCUCCCUUUGUCAUAUGUUUGUAUAUCACUGGCCAUCUUGAUACAAUCUUCUCUCAAGAGCAUCGCAAAGAGAUGUUGCGUUAUAUGUACAACCAUCAGAACAACGAUGGUGGGUGGGGACUAGACGUCGAAAGCCAUAGUUCAAUGUUCUGCACGGUCAUCAACUACAUCUGCCUACGAAUUUUCGGAGUUGACCCCGAUCAUGAUGGUAAAAUAAGUGCUUGUGCAAGGGCUCGUAAAUGGAUCAUUGACCACGGUGGUGCUACCUAUACACCAUUGUUUGGAAAAGCUUGCCUUUCUGUUCUUGGAGUGUAUGAAUGGUCUGGUUGCAAACCCAUACCGCCAGAGUUCUGGUUAUUUCCUUCUUAUUUUCCCAUUAAUGGAGGCACUGUUUGGAUUUAUUUGCGUGAUACUUUCAUGGCACUGUCCUAUUUGUAUGGUAAAAAGUUUGUAGCUACUCCAACACCUCUCAUUCUACAGCUCCGAGAAGAGCUUUAUCCUCAGGCGUAUGGUGAAAUUAUUUGGAGUCAAGCUCGGAAUCGUUGUGCAAUGGAAGAUCUAUACCAUCCACAAACAUUUGUACAAGACUUGUUUUGGAAAAGUGUUCACAUGUUCUCCGAGAAUAUCUUAAAUCGAUGGCCUUUCAAGAAGCUCAUAAGAGAAAGAGCUAUCCGAAGGGCAAUGGAACUUAUCCAUUACUAUGACGAAGCCUCCCAAUACAUUACCGGUGGAGGUGUGCCAAAGGUGUUUCAUAUGCUUGCUUGUUGGGCUGAGGAUCCCGAGAGUGAUUAUUUUAAAAAACAUCUUGCUCGUGUCUCUGGUUACAUAUGGAUUUCGGAGGACGGCCUAAAAAUCCAGAGUUUUGGUAGCCAAAUAUGGGAUACAGCCUUGUUGCUACAAGUCAUGUUAGCUGCUGAUAUUGAUGAUGAGAUAAGAUCAACGCUCAUAAAAGGAUACUCUUUCUUGAGGAAAUCUCAGCUUGUAGAGAAUCCUCCUGGUGACUAUAUCAAAAUGUUCAGAGACAUAUCCAAAGGAGGAUGGGGUUUUUCGGACAAAGAUCAAGGAUGGCCAGCUUCAGAUUGUACUUCUGAGAGUUUAGAGUGCUGCCUGAUCUUUGAGAGCAUGCCGUCUAAUUUCAUUGGUGAGAAAAUGGACGUGGAGAGGCUUUAUGAUGCAGUCAAUAUGAUUCUCUAUUUGCAGAGCAAAAAUGGAGGUAUAGCGGUAUGGGAGGCAGCGAGUGGGAAAAAAUGGCUAGAGUGGCUUAGCCCCAUAGAGUUUAUGGAAGACACAAUACUCGAGCAUGAGUAUCUAGAAUGCACGGGGUCAGCGGUAGUAGUGUUGACUCGCUUCAUGAAACAGUUUCCAGGGCACAGAACAAAAGAAAUAGAAACAUUUAUAGCAAAGGCAAUAAAAUACAUAGAAAGUUUGCAAACGGCUGAUGGUUCUUGGUAUGGAAAUUGGGGAGUGUGCUUCAUCUAUGCGACAUUCUUUGCUGUCCGAGGUUUAGUGGCUGCGGGCAAGACUUACCAUAGCUCUGAGUCGAUCCGUAGAGCGGUUCAGUUCCUUCUUAAGAUACAAAAUAUUGAAGGCGGUUGGGGAGAAAGUUUUCUCUCUUGUCCCAACAAGAAAUAUAUUCCUUUGGAAGGGAACAAGACCAAUGUGGUAAAUACGGGACAAGCAAUGAUGGUUCUAAUAAUGAGUGGUCAGAUGGAGAGAGACCCGUUACCAGUUCAUCGUGCUGCGAAAGUUAUAAUUAAUUCGCAAAUGGAUAACGGUGAUUUUCCGCAACAGGUGUGAUUCUUGUUAUCCUAGUUUUGUUCAGGACAUCCAAUUUCAUGAUAAUAUAAUUGGUCAUUAAUA